UAAAGUAUGAUCUCGCGAAGACGCGAAGUUUCUUCUACAGUAAUCAUUUUUAACAAAUUUAACAAAACUUAACCAAUAAGCAAUUAUUUGUUAAUUAAUCAGUUAACCUCACGAGUCUCAUAGCAGUUUAUUCCAUUUAUUUAUUAACCCCCGCAAACAAAAAUAAAAAUCGAAAAUCCUCAAACAUUUCUCAGUCAAGAAACUUCACCGGAAAAAGAAAGAACGCAACAAGAACAAGUUAACACGAUGUGGAAUCAACCCUACGGAAAAUCCGAUUUGGAAAGCGGCGCAAGGCCUCUGUAUCCGAUGAUGCUUGAGAGCCCCGAACUACGGUGGUCUUUCAUCCGAAAAGUCUACGUCAUCAUCGCCAUCCAAUUACUCGCCACCAUCGCUGUCGGCGCCGUCGUCGUCACCGUUCGUCCCAUUUCAACGUUCUUCGCCACCACCAACGCUGGUCUCGCUCUUUACAUCGUUCUCGUCUUUGUCCCUUUGAUCACGUUGUGCCCGCUUUACUCGUAUUAUCAGAAGCAUCCGGUUAAUUACUUUCUGUUGGGGAUUUUCACUCUCUCGCUUUCGUUUGUCGUUGGAUUGAGUUGUGCUUUCACUAGCGAGAAAGUUAUUCUGGAAGCAGCUAUAUUGACUGCUGUGGUGGUGAUAGCUCUGACUCUGUACACAUUUUGGGCUGCAAGUAGAGGCUAUGAUUUCAACUUCCUUGGCCCUUUCUUAUUCGGUGCUUUGCUAGUUCUUAUGGUAUUUGGGCUGAUUCAGGUUUUCUUUCCACUGGGUAAGAUAUCUACUAUGAUCUAUGGUUGCUUGGCAGCAAUUAUAUUCUGUGGCUACAUCCUAUACGAUACAGACAACUUGAUCAAGAGAUACUCAUACGACGAAUUUAUUUGGGCUUCUGUCUCUUUGUAUUUGGAUAUCAUCAACCUUUUCCUAUCUCUGCUCACUAUUUUCAGAGCUGCUGAAUAGUUAUGAUCCUUGUUUUUCUUAGUACAUACUACUUGUUUACUUUUGGGGUAGUGGGUGGUUUUUGAAAAAUAAUUCUUAUCUGCUAAUAAAUCUUUAUGGCCUCCCAGCUGCUCUUGUUCCUUUCCUUGUAUUGGAUAAUUGUUGUUAAGGCUGUUAAUACAUACAAGUAGUUGAUUAACGAUUUUAUGUUGAAUUGUAAAUACUUCUUUUA